GUCAGGAUGGCCGAGUGGUCUAAGGCGCCAGACUCAAGCUCUGCUUCCCGUCCCGGGGUUUCUGGUCUCCAAGUGGAGGCGUGGGUUCGAAUCCCACUUCUGACACAUAUUUUUUUCCCCUCCCUUUUCUUUCCUGCCGGGAUGGGUUCACCUCAAGUCUCUUCCUGGCCACCGGCCGGGACCCUUGGAUCCAGCCCUGCGAACACCCUCGCUGCGCAGAGAGGCGCUUCCCGAGCUCGAACCCUCGACCGACAAAAGCUUCGAGUUGGGGGCCCGGGACCCCCCGCGCUUUCCUCCAGAAGCCGGCGCCGCCUCGGCUCAGGGUCAAGGAGGUGGAGGCCAGGCGGACAGGAGUCGCCCCUCCUCAGUGGGUCCGGGCGCCAUGGACACCCACGGGGUCACGCGGAGCCCCCACAGGUCACCAGGCGACCUAAAGGCGGCCAGGCUCGUGGGCUGCAAAACUCAGGACGCAGAAGCACACGGAUUGACCGGUUUCCCAAGGACAGUGCGCUCCCGCGGGGCGGAGUAGACAUCCGAGAACGCCUGGCGGCGGAGACGGGCGGACGGGGCAGGGAGCCGGGGACACGACCUUCUGGUGACUCAUUUAACUGCGAGCGGGGUCGGGGACGAGCUCCGCCCCACCCGGAGCUCCUCCUGCCUCGCCCUCGGCCCAGCCGGGGCCUCACGCGCGGCCCCGAGAGUGGAUCCGAGCUCUCCACGCCGGGCGUCACUCUUCCUCGAGUUCUCCUCCCGGGACGGCACAACCUUCCCUCGCGGGCCUUCUGCCCUUUGAAAGCACGCAGGGUGCAUUCCGAGGUUUCCAGCACCGCGCGGGGCCGUCCUCGGGGACCGUCCCUGCCGAGUGGACGACCCGCUCUCCCAAGAACGGGCGUUUUCGCAGCCUGGGGCCCAGUGGUGAUCUACGAGUCAUUCUAUACCACGCAUUAAGAGCCGCAACAUGGAGCCUGGACAGCUCAGUCGGUAGAGUAUCAGACUUUUAAUCUGAGGGUCCAGGGUUCAAGCCCCUGUUCAGGCGACUGUUGGAACUUUUGUGUCAGGUCUGGGUCAGUGCGACUUUCAAAGCCCUUCCCGAGGCGGCAAACCUGCUUAGUGAGCGACAUGGUAAUUAGGGUCUUCCUCAGCGCCCAAGGAAAGACAUCUUGCAGCCAAACGACCUUUGCGUGUCUUUCUCUGUGUCCCCGAAAUCAUUUGCCUACCUUCCAAUGGUGGGAACCUCUGUCCCAGCACGUCCUGAAAUCGUCCCUUUGUCUCUGCUCAGUUUCCGUAAAGUGCUGAGAUUAGCCAGGAAUGGUGGUCCAAACCUGUAAUCUAACACUGGGAGGCUGAGGCAGGAGGAUUGCAAGUGUGAACCCACCCUGAGCAGUUGAACAAGAUCCUGUCAAAACAAGAAAUGAAGAAGGGCUGGGCUCAUCAACUAAGGAAUGGAUAAAAGAGAUAUGGGCUUUUUACACAGUGGAGUACCGCCCUGCCCUAAAGAAGGAUGAGCUUCAGACGUUUACAGCUAAAUGGAUGGACGCACUUGUUGAAAUGCCAUACCGAUGGUCUCUGGUGCGGGAAACUGAAUGUGGAAGUAAGGACUGGGAUGUAGAAUGGAUGUUGGGAAUUGGGGGAAAAGUGCUCAAGUGGGAAGGGAAAGGGGAGGAGUGAGGGAAAAAGGAAGGGAGGGACAAGGAAAAGGUGAAAAUGGAAGGAAAA